UUACGGCAGGCAUGUGUGUAGCUUAUGUUAGGGGCUUGUUGUUAACCGAAUAGCUAAUUGCUUUAUGUGCAGGCUUUACCCCCUAAAUCUGAACAAAACAGUGUUACUGUUGAGGAUUUUAGCCCAGACAAAUGGAUGUUGGAGAGCUCCUGAGUUAUCAGCCUGAUAGAGGAGCAAAGCGUCCAAGAGAGGAGGAUGGAGGAGCAGCAGGAGGAGAGGAAGACUCCAGAGGAGGGAAGCAGCAGAAGGGGCUGGGUGCCAGGGAGCUGGCCAGAUAUCGGGAAGCAGCAGCAGCAGCAGGAGGAGUAGGAACUGAAGGAGGGGUUGAGACCGAGGAGCUGACUUCAGACAAGAAGAAACUGGAGAAACUGAUGGACCAGGAUGAAGAUGAACCUGAGGCAGAGCCAGUGGAUGAGAGUUCAGUGAAGAAAAUGAUCCUGACCUUUGAGAAAAGGUCAUACAAAAAUCAGGAGCUGAGGAUUAAGUUUCCGGAUAAUCCAGAGAAGUUCAUGGAGUCGGAACUGGAUCUGAAUGAUAUUAUCCAGGAAAUGCAUGUGAUUGCUACGAUGCCAGACCUCUACCAUCUGCUGGUGGAGCUCAAUGCCAUCCACUCACUGCUGGGCCUCCUCAGUCAUGAAAACACUGAUGUCGCCAUAGCAGUGGUGGACCUGCUGCAGGAGCUGACUGAUAUCGACACGCUCCAUGAGAGUGAGGAGGGUGCUGAGGUGCUCAUCGAUGCUCUGUUAGAGGGUCAGGUGGUGGCUUUGCUGGUGCAGGACAUGGAGCGGCUGGAUGAACAGGUGAAAGAGGAAGCUGACGGCAUCUAUAACACAUUGGCUAUCAUAGAAAACAUGGCAGAGUUCAGACCAGGCCUGUGCACUGAGGCAGCUCAGCAGGGACUCAUGCAGUGGCUGCUCAAGAGAAUCAAGGUNAAAAUGCAUUUUGAUGCUAAUAAGCUGUACUGCAGUGAAAUCCUGGCUAUCUUGCUGCAAAACAAUGAUGGUACCAGAGAACUGCUCGGUGAGAUGGAUGGCAUUGAUGUGUUACUGCAGCAACUAUCUGUGUUUAAACGUCACAACCCGUCCACAGCCGAGGAGCAGGAGAUGAUGGAGAACCUCUUCGAUGCUCUGUGUUCCUGCCUCAUGCUGCCCUCCAAUCGGGACCGCUUCCUUAGAGGAGAAGGGCUUCAGUUGAUGAAUCUCAUGCUUAGAGAAAAGAAAAUGUCUCGAACCAGUGCUCUGAAGGUCCUGGACCAUGGGAUGAUAGGACCAGAGGGAGCAGAUAACUGCCAUAAGUUUGUGGACAUCCUGGGCUUGCGAACCAUCUUUCCACUUUUUAUGAAAACCCCCAAGAAGAUGAAGAAAACUGGUCUUUCAGAGAAGGAGCAUGAAGAACAUGUGUGCUCCAUCAUCGCCUCCAUGCUGAGAAAUCUCAAGUCCCAACAGAGAAGCAGACUCCUCAACAAAUUCACAGAGAAUGACUGUGAGAAGGUUGAUCGACUGAUGGAGCUGCAUUUUAAGUACCUGGAGGCUGUUCAACAGGCUGACAAGAGGAUCGAAGGAGAGAAACAUGAAAUGGUACGUCGCGGGGAGAUCUUGGAUGACAGCAUGGAGGAUGAGUUCUACCUUCGUCGCCUGGAUGCCGGAUUGUUUGUCCUUCAGUUGAUCUGCUACAUUAUGGUGGAGAUCAGCAACUCAGGGAUACCACAGCUGCAGCAGAGAGUCCAUCAAAUUCUCAACCUUAGAGGAGGCUCUGUAAAAGUAGUGCGCCACAUCAUGAGAGAGUACGCGGAGAGCAUCGGAGAUGGGAAGAGUGACGAGUUCAAAGAAGCUGAGCGGAAGAGGAUCAUGGACCUUGUAGACAACUUCUAAUCACACUUUCUCGCUCUCUCUCCCACACACACACACACACACACACACACACACACACAUUCACCUUCAAACACAAUACAGUAUGUUCUUACAUGUGAGAACGCUGGAACCCAUGAAUCUGAUCUGGGACUGAUGGCGACCUUGAGCCAGGGUGUGUGUUUCUGUGGCAUACAGUAACUCCAGUCACUGAGGACAUUUACAUGCCUACAGUACAAAUACUGCUAAAAACUAGUCGGCUACAGGCACAUUUUUGACACCCAGUGCAAGAGAGAGAGAAAAAGAAACUCAAAUUAGUUAGUGAAUGAUUAAUGAAAUAAAUCUUAUUCAUCUAGUAAACAAUCCACAUGUGUGAAAUUGGAUGAAAUUCCAUGAAGAUAGAUGAAGAAAAUUACAUGUAGAGAUAUGCUCAGUGUAGAGGCAGCAGG